AGAGGGAAGCAGUAGGCUGCUUGGGGGAGCAGCUCGCCUCGGUGCUGUAGAGUGGGUGGAGAUCCUGUUUGCUGUGGACUGUUGCUCAGCUGACAAAGGAACUUGAGGAUUUGUGUCCAGGUGCAUGUUGGAGGCCCGGGUAAACCGCGGAAGAGAUGUGUGGCGGCACAGCCAAGACCACGAGCCGGCCAGGGGCGUGGCAGGACUCAGCCCCAAGUGCUCACAGCGCGGUCUCUGGGGCCGGGCGGAUUUGCAAGACUCUCUUACACACCAGGAUUCGCAAAGGCGCCGGGCCGGGAAGGGACAGUGAUCACAAGGAGCUCCACAGCAGCUGGUCGUGCCCAGAGUUUGAGCUGAGUGACACUCGCCUGAUUGUUUACCAGGACUGUGAGCGCCGGGGCAGGCAAGUCUUGUUCGAUUCCAAAGCCGUCCUCCAGACUGAGGGGUUGGCAGCUCAGAAACCAGAGGAUGUGCUUAUGAAAAUGUCAGCCAGGUGCUGCCAGGGAAGCAGCAGCGCCAGCAGCAGCGUCAGCAGUGGCAGCGGCAGCAUCUCUUCCCAAGGUUCCUCCGGGGGAUCCUUACCGCACGCCAAGGAGCAGCUUCCAAAGUACCAGUGCACAAGACCAGCUUCAGACGUCAACAUGCUAGGGGAAAUGAUGUUUGGCUCUGUGGCCAUGAGCUACCAAGGCUCCACCUUAAAGAUACACUACAUUCGUUCUCCUCCGCAACUGAUGAUCAGUAAAGUGUUCUCUGCCAGAAUGGGCAGCCUCUGUGGAAGCACAAACAACUUGCAAGACAGCUUUGAAUACAUCAACCAAGAUCCUAACUUGGGAAAAGUGAACACCAGUCAGCAUGGCGUGGGUCCUUGUCGCACUGCAAGUAACCUAGGUCUCCUGCAGGCAUGCAGCGGCAAGCUGCUGCAGGGGGUAGCUGAAGGCGGACCCCUCCGGCUCACCCGGAGUGCUUCUUUCUUUGCAGCUCACAGCACACCAGUUGACAUGCCAAGCAGAGGGCAGAAUGAAGACAGGGACAGUGGCAUUGCUCGAUCAGCCUCCCUCAGCAGCCUUCUGAUCACACCCUUCCCAUCUCCGAGCUCGUCCACGUCGUCCUCCAGCAGCUACCAGCGCCGCUGGCUGCGCAGCCAGACGACGAGCCUGGAGAAUGGCAUCAUUCCCAGGAGGUCAGCUGAUGAGACAUUCAGCCUGGCUGAAGAAAGCUGCAGCUCCAGCCCGGCCGCGGUGAGGAGGAAGAAGAUCGCAGUGAGCAUCAUCUUCUCCCUGUGGGAAAAGGAAGAGGCACAGAGGGAUUUCCAGGAGUUCUUCUUUUCUCACUUCCCCCUGUUUGAGUCUCACAUGAACAGGCUGAAGAGUGCGAUCGAGAAGGCCAUGAUAUCCUGCAGGAAGAUCGCAGAGUCCAGCCUCCGGGUCCAGUUCUAUGUCAGCCGUCUAAUGGAAGCUCUGGGAGAAUUCAGGGGGACGAUCUCAAACUUGUAUUCUGUUCCAAGGAUAGCUGAACCCGUGUGGCUUACCAUGAUGUCCAGCACUUUGGAAAAAACUCAACUCUGCCAGCGCUUCCUCAAGGAGUUCACACUUCUGAUAGAACAAAUGAACAAAAACCAGUUUUUUGCUGCCUUACUGACUGCUGUGUUAACCUACCACCUGGCCUGGGUCCCGACCGUCAUGCCUGUCGACCACCCCCCCGCGAAAGCCUUCUCUGAGAAACGUACCUCGCAGUCGGUGAACAUGCUGGCCAAAACACACCCCUACAAUCCCCUCUGGGCACAGCUGGGUGACCUGUACGGCGCCCUUGGCUCACCCGUGAGGCUGGCCCGCACCGUGGUGCUAGGCAAGCAGAAGGAGCUGGUCCAGCGCAUACUCUACGUCCUGACCUACUUUCUCCGCUGCUCGGAGCUGCAGGAGAACCAGCUGAGCUGGGGCGGGGAUCACGGCGAAGGUGACCAGGUUUUCAACGGCAGCAAGAUCGUCACAGCUCUGGAGAAGGGCGAGGUGGAGGAGUCGGAGUAUGUGGUGGUCACCGUGAGGAACGAGCCUGCCCUGGUGCCCCCCGUCCUGCCCUCGGCCUCGAUGGAGAGUAGGAACCCCGGGCCUGCAGGGGUGCUGGAAACACCGGAGGCUGCGGACAGCAGAGGGCUGGGUCCCAGGCCCGACCGGGCAGGAAGCGUGGGUCCCGACGUCUGUGGCAUGGGACGCCCGGAGGAAGCAUUCGUAGACAACUCUUGGAGUUGCAGAGCUCAGGAAAGUGCAGAAAAGGCGCCAGAGGCUGACUCUGCGCUCCUGUCCAGCUGUCAAGUGCUGGGGGCUGGCGUGAAGACGGCCCGCCCAGCUGUCUGUGAGGUCCGAGCGGAGUUGCCCCAGAAGCUGCCGGAGCGCUCGGCGGCCUGGCCUUGUCCUGACACACGUUCCCGCCAGCAGCCUCUGCUGGACAAGGUCACGUUCCACAUCGGAAGCUCCGUGUCACCAGAGUCUGACUUGGAAAGCCGAGCCCAAAGUGUGGAGGCGCGGCUAAGGACCCGCGGGCAGCUUCCGGAGGCAGCCCGUGGUCCCCUGGCUGCGUGCAUGGUGGCCGCCGAGGCUCGGGACCAGCCAGCUUCCAGGGGCUCCUCCAGCCCUGGUGCAGGGAGCAGUGCCUGUUGUCCUCAGACCCGCUGCUGUGGGGGAGCCGGCGGGGAGCCUGGCAGGGGCCUUGCGGAGCAUGGAGGCGUGGGAACCGAGGUGGCAGCAGAUGCUGCUGGGCGGCUGGGCCUUGCCGGCACCCUCGCACCUUCUGGCAGCAGCGCGGCAGCCACCGGAAGAGGGGCGCUGCAGAAAUCCAGGGAUUCGUGUGUUAAAGGCGAGGAAGGACCUUCAAUAGCGCCUGUUCCAAAGCGGGGUGAGCAGCUGGACUCCGGCUUCUCGGGGGCUGCUGAUGUUCCUCUCGGGGGUGUCCCCCGGAAGGGCCACACGAGGACAGAAGGAGACCUCCCCAGGAAUGAGAGCUCGGACAGCGCCCUUGGGGACAGUGGUGACGAAGCAGGUGCUGCAGCCGCGCUGGACCUGGGUCCCAGUGUGGACAGCACUGAAGGGGCCUUGGAAGUGGAGCUUCCUCUGCCCAGGUCGCAGACCAUCAGCAGCCAGAAUGUCAGGAACUUUGGCCGCUCACUUCUGGCAGGCUACUGCCCCACCUACGUGCCCGACCUCGUGCUGCAUGGCACCGGCAGCGAUGAGAGGCUCAGGCAGUGCCUGGCGGCUGACCUGCUCCACACGGCGCAGCAUCCAGUGCUCGAUGAGCCAAUAGCAGAAGCCGUCUGCAUUAUUGCAGACACAGACAAGUGGAGCGUCCAGGUGGCCACGAGUCAGAGGAAGGUGACGGACAGCAUGAAACUGGGCCAGGACGUCUUGGUCUCCAGUCAGGUGUCCGCUUUGCUUCAAUCCAUUUUACAGCUUUACAAGCUUCACCUCCCCGCGGACUUCUGCAUCAUGCAUCUUGAAGACCGGCUGCAAGAAAUGUACCUUAAGAGUAAAAUGCUCUCCGAGUAUCUCCGGGGACACACCCGAGUCCACGUGAAAGAACUGGGGGUCAUACUGGGGAUUGAAUCGAAUGACCUGCCUCUGUUGACGGCUAUCGCCAGUACGCACUCUCCUUACGUGGCUCAAAUCCUCUUAUAAGCUAAAGCUCAGGACAGUUUUCUUCCUUGGAAGGAAAAAAAAAAAAGUUAAAUUUCUCAGCUGAAGGAGAAACGAAUAAGCUGUGCGACGCCCAAAGUGUCCAGAGCGAGCAGCG